ACACCGGACUGUGAAUUUUCCGAUAAAAUUGUGUGAAAUUUUGAACAGAAUUGAUUUGAAUAUGGCAAUCGCGAAGAAAUUGGAAGAUGAGAUCUCACGCUCUUCUCCUUCGUCAUCAUCAUCGCUGAACGAGGCUCUGUUAAUCUCUACUAUGUGUAUCAUCGGCUUACAAGUCCAUGUGCACAUCAACGAUGGCUCAGUUUUUUCUGGGAUAUUCUACACCAUCUCUCUUGAGAACGAAUUCAGCAUUGUGUUGAAGAAUGCAAAACUUACUAAGAAGGGAAGAAGUAAAUCGAAUGUAGCAAGUCGGAAGAUUGUGGAGACACUUGUGAUUUCGUCUUCUAAUAUUGUUCAAAUUGUUGCAGAGGGAGUCUCGCUUUCGUCCAAUGUUGCAGGCGAGAUGGAGGGUGGAAAUGUUGUGUCGGCCGUGGGAGUUUCUUCCGAGACUCGUUCUUGUAUUGCAAAUAAGUCCAUAGAUUCUGGCAAGAACAGAAGGGGCACUAAUCGUAGAAGGAAUUCUGCCAAACGUGAAAAUCGUUUGGAAAAUAAAGCAAGAACUUUGACAUCUGGGAUGGUAAACGGAACCGCAGGUGCCAUAAAAGAGCCAGGGGAAAGAGACGAGGUUGGUAUUUUACAGAUUAGACAUCAUCCUAGCUCACUGAACCAUCAACGACAGGCAGGAGCCCGCAAUUUGAAGCAUAUUAAAAAAAAUACUGACGUUCAUCUGAAGGAUAACGUUGAAGCCAGAAGCUCAAGUUGUAGCUUGGACAACAUGUCUGAACGUGUAAAGCUGAUAGAACAAGAGAAAACUAUGCCGGAACCUUCUAGCAAUGGUUUUCAUGAUGCUGCAGAAAGGCCCUCGUCAACUGAAAAUUCUUCAUCACAGAGCACAACUCUGGAUGAAAACUCAGAAGUGAGUCGGGUUGUGGUGGCAUCUACAAAUAGGUUACUACCUACGCAGGCAACAGACCCUGACAAAAAGGCUAAGGAGUUUAAGCUGAAUCCAGGAGCUAAGACUUUUUCUCCAUCUCUUGCAAAACGUCUUACAUCAGCUCAUGCUGGUAGGACGCCUGUUGUUGCAAAUAUGGGUUAUGUGCCAAGUAAUACUCCUAUGUUACCAGUUCCUGAAGCUGUUCAACCGGAAAUUGGAAUCAGCCCUUUCUUGUCUCAUGCAUCUUCACCUUCCAAGUUUGUUCCUUACACUAAUUUGGCUACUGGGAAUGCUGGCGGUGGAUCUCAUUUUCCCCAACAUAUGGUUGGACCAACUAUUAACAGGGUACAGCCACAUAGAUUCACCACUCAGUACCAAUCUGUUCAAGCCACACCGAUGCUUGUACAUCCCAAUCCUCAGGUGAUGGUCGGGAGAUCAGGACAGCUUAUGUAUAUGCAACCAAUUUCUCAGGAUUUGGUUCAAAGAGCACCACAUAACUCACAUUUGCCUCCUCGUCCUCUCUUUGCUCCCCAACAGCUUCAAUAUCCAAAGCAUCAAAGUCUAAUCGCAACUGGUCAACCGAUGCAGCUAUACGCUCCACAACCAUUUGUAGCUAAUGGACAUCAGCCAUACACAGUCAUGCCUACUGAUAUUCCGGUUAUGCAGCCACCUUUUCCCAUUAACCGGGCCAUACCAAUUCCGGUUCCUAAUGGUUUCUAUGGCACAAAGUUUCAAUAGGAAGUCUUGUUUUUCAUCUUCAUUACCUUAUCACUUACCUCCCAGCUCAAUAAGGCUUAUAUAUUAUAAAGUUUUUGAUCCAUA